UAGCUGGGACGGAGGGGCUGGGCCGUGGUAGGUACGCAGACUGAUUAGCGGCGGUAGAGCUGCGGGGAAACUGGAACAACGGGUGGAGCCUUCUGGGGUUUUCGGAGCCUUUAGAGGCUUUUCUUCCUGGACUCUCAGGAAAGCCUGGGUAUUUGGGGGCUGAGGUUGAUCAAAUGAAAAGAGGAGAGGAUGUGCGGCUGCACUGAGCUUAGUGUUCUCUUCCCUCCGCUGCCUGGACUAACACUCUACCCUGCAUAGAGCGGACCCGCGGGCUCUCAGAGCCCGGCCCUGGAUGUCCAUGCCCCGGAAGACUUUGGACCACAUGCGGAUGGGGUUCCUCUACCCCGGCUGCCGCGAGUUCGGUUCGUUUGUAGCCGGGGCGUGGAGCCUUCCCCGGGCCCCAGAACUAAGCGCCCUGUACAACAGCAGAAUCACCGAGGUUAAUUGCAAAAGCCAGAAGAGCCCAUACUAGAGAACUUGGGAGAAAAAGCAUUAAUAAAUAUCAAAAUGUCAAGCUCUUCACCAUUCAAAAUGCAGCUAGUACACUUGGACCUUAAAGGAGCUCCCCCCAAGGUUUUAUACCUGGCAGAGAUCUUCCCUCUCUUCCAUGCCCUUGGUGCCAAUGGUCUCCUCAUUGAAUAUGAGGACAUGUUUCCCUAUGAGGGACCUCUACAGCUCCUGAGGGCCAGGCACGCCUACAGCCACUCGGAAAUCAAAGAAAUUCUUCAUUUGGCCAAGCUACAUGACUUAGAGGUGAUUCCCCUAGUGCAAACAUUUGGACACAUGGAAUUUGUUCUGAAGCAUGAGCAAUUUUCUCACCUCCGUGAAGUAGAGCUGUUCCCAAAUGCUUUAAAUCCCCACAAGGAGGAAUCCCUGGCAUUAGUGGGUACAAUGAUUGAUCAAGUAAUGGAGCUACACAGAGGCAUUCGAUGGUUCCACAUAGGAUGUGAUGAGGUAUAUUAUCUUGGUGAAGGGGAGCUGUCUAAACAGUGGUUACAGCAAGAACAGAACAAUAUGGUAAAACUGUGUCUGACCCAGAUGAAAGCAGUUGCCAGGCAUGUGCUUAUCCACCACCCCACUGUGAAGCCCAUUGUAUGGGAUGAUAUGCUUAGAGGCAUUAGUGAAGAAUGUCUCACAGAUUCUGGAAUAGCACAGUUGGUGGAGCCAAUGAUCUGGGACUACAUUGAGGAUAUGGAUGUAUAUGGAAAGGUUCUCCUCAUGGAUAAGUAUAGGAAGUGUGGUUUCCCUAAACUAUGGGUUGCCAGUGCUUUUAAAGGUGCUACCGGGGUGAAUCAGUCUUUGACCAUUAUUGGCCAUCAUCUCAAAAAUAACAUCCAGUGGUUGAAAGUGGCAGAAAGUGGACCUACUGAGAUGCUGCAAGGAAUCGUUCUAACUGGUUGGCAAAGGUAUGACCAUUUCUCUGUUCUCUGUGAACUUCUCCCUGUGGGAAUCCCAUCUCUAGCAGUCUGUCUGCAGGCACUCAAACAUGGAGGUUACACUGAAAAUGUUAAAAAAAUAGUGGAAAAGUACCUAGGGAUAUCAAAUUUGGAAAUCAACAGCUUUAUGAGAGAAAGCUCUGGGACCUUCCCUGGCAGUGAUGUCUUAGCCCUGGUCACUCAGGUCAGCUUUCACCUGAGGCUCUCUGUGGAUGAACUGCUAGAAAGGAACAGGUAUGUGACAGGCUGGUUCAGCCCUUACCACCGCAAAAGGAAGAUGAUUCACCCUGUCAUGAUCCAGUACAUCCGGCCUGAUGCCAUAAGUCUCCUAACCAGGUGGAAUGCUGUCAUCCAGGAGCUGCAAGCAGCACUUGAGAGAAUUUUCUACCCAGAUGCAAUAGAAGAAUGGCUGGAAGAAAAUAUCCAUCCCACCAUGCAAAAGCUACAGCAGCUAUUGCAAGAUCUAGAUGCAGCAAUAGCAGCUCAAUCUUAAUACUUUUGCCAUGGAAGUGAUUCAUCUUACAUGGAAGGCUUACCCACUACUAAUCCAGUGGAGAUUCUUAAACACGGCCAAAGCCACUCAUUACCACAUGAAAGCAGGGCUAAGGGAAGGGAGACAGGGUUGGGAGGGAUCCUGUGGGUAUAAUUGAAAAAUCUUAUUGCUAGAACAAAAUCUGAAAUGAGAGACAUUCAGGAGUGAAGAUAUGAUACUGGAUCUUGUGUAAAAAGCUAUUACCAUGAAAGGAUGGAGGAGAAUUUAUUAUGCCUUAAGUGAACUCAAAAAAUUAGAAAUAGGAGUCUUACACAAGGCAGCAAUAAAAAGGCAGUAAAAGUAAAAAGCAAAAGAGAUAAGCAGGGCAAUUACAUUAUGCUUGAAAGCAUCAUAAAUAAUGUUAAUACUGAUAUAUAUGCACAAAAAUAGCUCAACUAUUUGAAGGAAAGAAUAAUUGGACUAUAAGGUGAAGAAGACAAAAAAAAAACAACCUGUUAAUAGUUGAGGACCUCAGUGUGUCCCUUUCCACCCUAGAUAUGUCUGACAAAAAGAUAAACAAAAAGGACCUGAAAAGAAGUAGAAAAAUCAAAUGUGAUGGACCUCUGGUCUGAAUAGGAAUAGAAAGGAAAUAUUUCUCAACUACACAUGGCACCUUUGCAGAAACAAAUGAAGAAAAUUAAAUAUAUUCUUUACUGACAACAGCACAAUAAAAACCAUAAUCAAUAUGGGGAAUUUGAAGAAGUCAAAAAAAUUUUAGUUUAUAGUUAUUACCAAUCAUAGAAAACUUACCACUUAAAAAAGAAAAAAUCUUUCUACCCACUGCUCAUAAUACAAUAGAGUAAGCACUCUUUUUAUUGCUAGAAAUUCCUUUGAAUGACUGUUUCCUCUUCUGUGCUUGGCCCCCUUGAGGUUCAGGAUCAACUGCAGUGAGGCAGUUUGUUAAAACCACAGCUGGAUUAAGAACAGGAACCCAUAGCUCUGAAAUGACCAGUCUCAUAAGCCAAAGCAUCCCUUUCUCAUCCAACCUGUAGCUUGGUCCUAGGCUAGAGGCCUAUUUAUACUGAAUAUUUAUAUUCAUUUAUACCCAUAUUUAUAAUGAAACCCCAUGCGAGGUAGGUACAUGUGACUUUGGUAACAACUUUACAAUCAGGAUACUACUGUGCAGAAACCACUUUCCAUCCAUACUACUAUAUUCUUCACUGAUGGAAUACAUAGAAUUUAAGACCUUGUCCUCCAGUUUAGACUUUAUCUUAUAUUCAAAGAGUCUAAAAUUUGCAGUAAAGAUUUUUGGCUUAAGUGGCUUAGGUAAAAUUGUGAAUUGUAUAAAAUUUAUUUGGGGAGCCCCAUCCUACUCAAAUUUCCUCCUAGAAUCUUUUGGAGUCUAUUCUGUUCUCUUACCUACUACUGGAGAAGAGUGAUCAGCACAUUGAGGAGAUCCAGACCCAUUUCAUAUGACCACUGAUUAAAGGAACUCAGGAUAUUGAACUUUGAGAAGACAGUAGAGGAAGGACAACACAGAACUAGAAGCAGUGAAUGAGUAGAAAAUGCAAAGAAGAAUUUUAUCUAGAUCUAAAGGAAAGACCUCCCAGAAAUGAGAACUUUCCAGAAGAAUGGCCACCCCUGGUGGGGUCUUCCAAUAGAGGUUAACUGGAUGACCAUCACUUUUCAGGGAUGUUGGGAAAUUCCUAUUCAGUGAUUAAUUGGACCAGAUUGGUGGUACCAAACUGAAAUAAUUUACUGCAGGUUCAUAUUGACUUUGACAAUCACAAAUUAACAUUAUAUGCAAUAAUCGUAUUUUUAUUUUGUAAAACAUUACUAAUUACAGUUUAAUCUGGUUCUGCUGCAUUCAAGAGUUUUGCUUUGCUGGAGCUUGUGGCCAGAAGGCCCCAUAUUAAAACACCUCUGGACUAGAUUUAACUCUGAAAA